UUAGGUAAAUAGAUCCAGAAUCAGUUCUGUUUAAACUUUCGCGUGGUUCUCUGGUUAUUCGGAAUUAAUAUGUUGAAGUCGACCACUUACUGGUUAGUUUUGUUCCUUUCUUGGCACUCUUACGGAUCCUUGGCCAAGGACUCUUCGGUGUGUCUUUUGCACGACCAGCCAAACCAAUGUGGAGCAUUCUGCCUGCAGGCGCUAAGGCCGAUGAUCGAUCACAUGGCUUUUCACCAGAGGAAGCUGAAUGAGACCCAAGCGAAGCUGGACAGAGUGGAGGGUCAGCUAUCUAAGCUGGACAGAAUGGAGGGUCAGCUAUCUAAGCUGGACAAAAUGGAGGGUCAGCUAUCUAAGCUGGACAACCUGCAGACAAAACUGGAGGCGAUUGAAAGACAACUGUCAGCGAUGCAAGAAUUACCAUCCAAAGCGAAAAAGGAACCCAUAAGACAACUGUCAGCGAUGCAAGAAUUACCAUCCAAAGCGAAAAAGGAACCCAUAAAUACGCAUCCGUACGUUCGGAUUGGCUCGAAAUGGAUUUACGUCGAACGCGAAAAUCGUCGAAAUUGGGAGGAAGCUGAAGCGUUCUGCCGUGGGAUAAACGGUCACCUGAUCACAAUCCAGAACAACUCCGAGCUGAGCGCUCUGUAUGAAAAGUUGGAUAAAUACACUGACUACUGGCUGGGGAUCAAUGACGUGGCCAAGGAGGGCGAGUUUGUGUCCGUGGCUUCCGGCAAGCCAGCUCCCUUUCUCAAUUGGGAACACAACCAACCCGAUAACCGGAACGGAAAUGAAAACUGCGUGACUAUUCGUCUCGGCCAAAUGUGCGACCUCGACUGUAGUUAUAUAUUUUUUUUCAUUUGCGAGGCGACAUUUUAUUAAAAGAAAUUGUGUGGUUAUAAUAAAAAGAUUAUCCAGGA